AUGUUUUCACUCCUCUACUACCCUCUAUGGGCCUUUGCUUCCUGCAUAGCUAUUAUCAUUCUCAACGUCUUAUACCAGAAGCUCCCCCGAAAUGCGAAUGAGCCUCCAUUGGUCUUCCACUGGCUUCCGUUCUUUGGGAAUGCUGUUGCUUAUGGACUGGACCCUUAUGACUUCUUUGUGAAGUGUCGAGAAAAGCAUGGCGAUGUCUUCACCUUUAUCCUCUUCGGUCGAAAAAUUGUUGCCUGUCUAGGCGUCGAAGGUAACGAUUUUGUUCUCAACAGUCGGAUCCAAGACGCCAACACCGAAGAAAUCUACAGUCCAUUGACAACGCCCGUCUUUGGUAGCGAUGUCGUAUACGAUUGCCCCAACUCAAAGCUCAUGGAGCAAAAGAAGUUUGUCAAGUUUGGUCUUACCCAGAAGGCUCUCGAGUCCCACGUUCAGUUGAUCGAGCGAGAAGUGCUGGAGUACAUCCAAGCUGUACCGUCAUUCUCUGGAAAGUCUGGCACAGUUGAUGUAUCCAAAGCAAUGGCUGAAAUAACUAUCUUCACUGCUGCUAGUUCUCUGCAGGGCGAAGAAGUUCGACGGAAACUUACAGCUGAGUUUGCAGCUCUGUAUCACGACCUCGAUCUAGGCUUUACUCCUGUCAACUUUCUGUUCCCAUGGGCGCCUUUACCUCACAACAGAAAACGAGACGCUGCUCAUGCAAAGAUGAGAGAGAUCUACAUGGAUAUCAUCAACGAACGAAGAAGAGGCGGAGGGGAUUUGGAGAAAGCAACUGACAUGAUUGCCAACCUGAUGAGUUGCGAGUACAAGAACGGGCAGCCCAUUCCUGACAAAGAGAUCGCACAUAUGAUGAUCACUCUUCUUAUGGCUGGACAGCACUCUUCAUCGUCUGCUGGUUCUUGGAUUAUACUACAUCUAGCUUCAUCCCCUGACAUUGCCGAGGAACUCUACCAAGAACAACUAAUUAACUUGAGUGCCGACGGUAUUCUCCCACCCCUUCAGUACUCAGACCUCGACAAACUACCUCUUCUUCAUAAUGUCGUCAAAGAAACACUCCGUGUUCAUUCUUCCAUUCACUCUAUCCUGCGCAAAGUCAAGAGACCUAUGAAAGCACCUGGAUCCCCCUACACCAUCACCGCAGACAAAGUACUCCUGGCUUCACCUACCGUUACGGCGUUGAGUGAAGAGUACUUUCCAGAUGCCCAUAAAUGGAACCCUCAUCGGUGGGAUAACAAGCACCUGGAGGAGGCUGUGACGGACGAAGUUAUUGACUACGGCUACGGCGCUGUAUCCAAAGGAACGAAGAGCCCAUACUUACCCUUUGGUGCUGGUCGGCAUCGCUGUAUUGGGGAGAAGUUUGCUUAUGUAAACUUGGGCGUUAUCGUUGCGACUUUGGUGCGCAACUUCAGACUGUCGACUGUCGAUGGCAAGCCUGGUGUUCCAGCAACUGACUACACUUCUCUCUUCUCAAGGCCAGCCCAACCUGCGUACGUAAAAUGGGAACGCAGGAAGGCUUGA